AUGUCGUCCACCAGCAACGCCUCCAUUGACAAGUUCAACGGAGACAAUUACGCAACGUGGAGCCGGUACAUGCGCGGUGUGUUUUUGACGCAGUCCGUCUGGCACGUCGUCAACCGUGAAGUGACUCCGACUUUCACCGACCCGCGAGCGUCCGAUGACUACGUCAAGGCAAGCAACGUCGCGUUUGGUAUGAUGCUGCUGCACAUAAACGCGGACUACCAUCAUGUGCUGGACAACUGCGAGGAAGCCCGGGUUGCGUGGACAAGUCUGAAGACGCUGUACGGUGGGUCGCAGAAGGCAGGACGCAUCUACCUCAAGCGACAACUUUUCAGCACCAAGAUGGCUGAAGGCGCGAACGUCAUGCAUCACUGCAACGAGGUCCUCAACAUCUCCGCCAAGCUUAGCGGCAUCGGUGCGAAGAUGGAAGACGAAGACGUUGCAAUUUGUCUGCUACUCAGUCUUCCGAAGAGCUACGAAAAUGUGGUGCUCAACAUGGAAAUGAGCAGCGCCGAGCUUCGUAACCAAGAUGUGGUGAGAGUCCUGACGAAUGAGCAUGCCAAGCGUCAAGGAGAAAAAGGGACAACGACAGCGACUACGGUGAAGGCUGAAGAUGCAAGCAAGGCAUUCAGCGCCGAGCGUGAGCCCUACCAAUGCACGUAUUGUGGCAAGGUGGGACAUACGGUGGAUCGUUGCUGGACAAAGCAGAGAAACGAAGGUCGGGGAGCCCGACGCGGCGGCAAUGGUCGUGGACGCGGGGCUAACAAUGUCCAGUGGGGACAUCAUGAUGAAGGCAAUGGCUACGAUCGAGUGGCGUUUGCAUUCUCGUUCGAAUGUGGAGUUUCGACGAGCAAGGACGUGUCUGGAAUGUGGGCCGUCGACAGUGGUGCAACGCACCACAUUUUCCACGACAAGACCAAGUUCGCAAGUUUGGCAGAGCGCAAUGAGGGCGAACUCUUGGUGGCUGAUGGCAACAAGGUGGCCAUCAAGGGUGUGGGAACCAUCAUGGAAAAGGUGGUUCUGCCCAACGGUGAAGAGCGUGAGAUCGAAAUCAAGAACGCGCUAUAUGUUCCAAGUAUGAGCAAGAACCUGCUCUCGGUGCUACAGAUUAACAGCCAUGGCAAGUUUCAAGUCGUGUUUGACGGGUCCAAGAUGUAUGUGACUCUCAAGAACUCACAGCAAGUGGUGGCGACAGCGGAUCUCGUGGAUGGACUCUACUGGCUUCGGACGACUCAACGAUCAGCAAAUGUGACAACAAGUGGAACCAGUUGUGCCGAUCUACAUGCGAGAAUGGGUCAUGCUCCAGUCGAUGUACUUCGCAAGAUGAUCGCGACCAACAUGAUCAAGGAUGUGCGAGUCCCUCUCAAGUCGGGUGGAGCAACUACAUGUCGAGGAUGUCAACAAGGGAAAAUGGUCCAAAAACCAUUUCCAAGCAACCGAGACAAGCGCAGCUACGAUACGUUUGAGCUACUUCAUCUGGACAUCUGCGGGCCCAUGGAAAAGGAUUCGCUCGGUGGCAGCAAAUAUCUGCUACUGAUCAUCGACGAAGCCAGUGGAGGCAUGAAGGGCUUUUGUCUACGAGUGAAGUCCGAGAGUGAAGACUACAUCCGGAAAUAUAUCACCAUGGUACAGACGCAAUUCUGUAAGAAGGUCAAGUUCGUGCGACACGACGGAGCUCGCGAGUUUGCAACCAACUCGCUUCAACUGUUCUACGAAGACGAAGGCAUUGAACAGCAGACAACGGUGCCGUAUGCACAUCAAACAAACGGAACAGCAGAGCGUGCCAUUAGGACUAUUGUCACGAUCGGCCGCAGCAUGCUUCAUCAUGCCAAACUGGACAAGUGUUUCUGGGCCGAAGCAGCGAUGACGGCCAUCUACGUCAAGAAUCGACUGCCGUCACCUAAAGUCGUGCACAAGACCCCGUUUGAGAUCGUCUACAACUUGAAACCAAGCGUCAAGCACAUGCGAACAUUCGGGUGUCAGACAUACAUACUGACGCCUAAAGAGAAUCGACUCAAGUGGGAUCCAAAGGCUCGCGAUGGCAUAUUCGUGGGCUACGAAGAAGUUUCGAAGGCAUAUCGUGUUUAUGACAUCGAGGCGGGGCAGGUGGUUAUCAGCCGCGAUGUCAACUUCGACGAGUCCACCUUUGGACUUCAACUGCCGAUCACUGAUGAAGAUGUCGAUGACCUGGACUUCGAAUUGCUGGAUCUUGAUGACGAAGAGCUGCGUCAAAUGGAGUACAAGCAAACAGGCAAGCGCAAGAACCGACUCAAUGAUGAAGAUACAGCAGCUCCACGACCGCGUGCAGUGCGUCAAUGA